AUGGCUGAAGCCCAGCUGUGUGGAUUACAGGACGAGUUCACCUGCUCGGUGUGUCUGGACACCCUGACUGACCCCGUCACCAUCCCCUGUGGACAUAAUUUCUGCUUGAAGUGCCUCACGGACUGCUGGAAAAAGAGCCAAGAGAGCAACUGUCCUCAGUGUAGAGAAAACUUCACUACGAGGCCUGCUCUGCGAAGAAAUAAUCUGCUGAAUGAAGUCAUCAAGAAAUUGAAGAAGACGACUCUCAGUUCUCCUUCUCCUCAGAAUUAUGCCGGCCCUGGAGACGUGGAGUGUGACUUCUGUAAUGGGAAGAAGUUCAGAGCGGUGAAGUCCUGUCUCACCUGCAUGGCCUCCUACUGUCAGACUCACCUGCAGCCUCACUAUGAAGGAGACGCCCUGAAGCACCACAAGCUGGCUGAUCCUGAUAGAAAUCUGAAGGAGAAACUCUGUGAGAAACAUCAGAAAAGUCUGGAGAUAUUCUGUAAAACUGAUGAAACCUGUAUCUGCUUGAUGUGUGUGGUGACUGGACAUAAAAAUCAUGAAAUGGUUGAGCUGGAGAUGGAAAGAGAAGAAAAGCAGAAACAUCUGGGGGCAACACUGAGACCGGAGAAAGGAUCUGUCAGAUCUGACAAAGAGUAUGGAGAAGAUCAGCCAGGGGGACUUCAUGACAAGGACUUCAUCAGAAAACUCCGUUUGUCUGAAGGGAACAAGAAGGUGACAUGGCAGGGAAAAGUGACUAAAUAUCCUGAUCAUCCUGACAGGUUUGACUUUUGGCACCAAGUUCUGUUCAGAGAAGCUCUGACUGGGACUCGCUGUUACUGGGAGGUGGAGUGCAGUGGAGACCUCUUGAGGAUUGGAGUCGCAUAUAAAGGACAGAGAAGGAAAGGAGGGGUAUGGGAGUGCGUCCUUGGAAACAACGACAAGUCCUGGUGUUUGCUGUGUUCUCAUUCCCAGUACUCUGUGAUUCACAAUUACCAGCAGACUGUAAUCAGCGCCCCCCACAGCCCCAGAAUAGGUGUGUAUCUGGACUGGCCUGCUGGCUCUCUGUCAUUUUAUAGCGUCUCACACACAAUGACCCUCCUGCACAGGUUCAACACCUCCUUCACUGAGCCCCUCUAUCCAGGGUUUUAUGCCUCACCAGCAGAUGGCGACUAUGACUUCUAA